AUGAGAAAUCUUCGAAGUACAGGUUGUAAUUGCGGGGUUCUUAUAUUCAUUUCUCAAGGAUAUUUGAAUUUUUUCACUAAUGAAACAUUGCAAGAACUCAAAAAUUGUGGUGCAAAUUUCUUGACUUUGAAUAGUUACGAAGGCGUUGAUGAUGAUCGUACUUUACGAAAUUUAGUUGUACUGUCCUUCUUAGAUCAAUACAGAUUUUUCUUUAAUAGGAUUUUUAUCAAUGAUAUAUUUGAUACUCUUUUCCAAGGAGAUCCAUUUGAUGAGAAUCUGCCGAAAGAUAAAGUUUCUGUCUCAAUUGAACGUGUAACAUUUAGCCAUCAUAGAUGGGCUAUCGAAAAACAGCUUAAUACAGAUGAUAACUUUACUGAAGACUUUUAUGGCGAUAAAUUUCUUCUAAAUAGUGGUAUUAUUAUGGGUCCAUCACAAAAAGUUUAUGAGCAAUCCAUACUCAAUUAUGUAUAUUAUAGAGGUCUUUUCAAUGAUUUUUAUGUUGAUUUCGAUGCACAUUUCUAUUCUUCAAUUUGCUACUCGAUAUUCGAACAAAAACCAAGGAAAGACGGAAAAAUGUACGAAUUGAAUGGCCAGUACGCACCUGCAUUGAUACAUCAAUUUGAUAGAAUAUGCCCAAUGAUAGUCUAUGAUAAAAAUGUUUGUCCUGCUUUGAAUACGCUUAACAUUUCAAAUGUUCAUUAA